AUGGCCGAAAACAUGUUUUCCCUCCCCCUUGUUGGGUCCCGCACAAGAGAACCUGUGGCCACACAAGACACCGAAGCCACCAACUUCGCAGCCGCUGAGAUGACGAAAUUCGAGGUUCGGCUUGUCGAGAACCAAAGAACUGUCACAGAUCCUAUCUUUCUUCCCGCGGUCAGGUGCAGAUCUAUCAAGAAACUUGUGAUGACUUUCAACGACAAGCUGGCGAAGUUGGAUAACCGCACUUGGUUACAGGUUCAUACAGGAUAUGGAAAUCUCGACGUCGUCCAACCAGUUCUUUUACUCCAGAGGACGGUGGGCAAGGGCAAAGACCUGUGGGUGGAGGUAGAUUGGAAUCAGCCAAGACCAUACACAUCCUGGUUCGACAGAAAUAUUGGCUCCGGCCAGAACGCAGGCUCAAGCAUCAAAGUUGAGAUUCAUGUGAAGACAGAUGGUCUAGCCACUGGAGUGGAAGAAUACCUCGGUCAGAAGACCAAGGAGGAGCUGGAGGAGGAGCGCCGACAGGCGGAAGAAGAGGCUUGGGGCCCCACCCACACGCGGGCGUACCAGCGAUUUAAAUUCCUCCAUGAACAAGAUGACCUCGAGAAGUUGAAGAGGGAGGAGCACGCUAUGAGGUCGGCGAUGCCCGCUCGCGACAGAAGAGCGCGGUACCAGCCAAAGGAGCCGGAGUACGCGAUCGGCACAAAGGGUUGGUUUGUGGGGGAGACAUACGUCCCAGAGAACGAGGUGGGCGGCGACGACGACGACGACGACGACGACGACGAUGUCUACUAUGACUCAGAAGACGACGAGGUCGUCGCGAAGCCACACGUUAGGGUGGCCGAUUUGAAUACCGACGUGUAUUAUGAGGAGGAGAACGAGGAGGAAGAAGAAGAAGAAGAAGGAGGGGGAGAUGCUACGGACAUCGAUGGCUGA